GUGUUCUCACCUGACUCCCUUGUUUGUAUAUUUCCUGCUUUUCUGCGUUACUCGUUGUGUAACGUAUGCCCGUAGGCUAUCAUUUGUCUGAUUGCUUUAAACCUUGUCGUUUGAAUUUGUCCGACUGCCCGUGGAGCAUCUUAAGAUAAGGAUAUAGGGUACCGCAUGUUUUAAUUUCUACAUUAAUAGGCCACUGCGUGGAUCCGUACGUUUCACGGGUCCGUCAACAAGACAAAUCGCCUGGGACGGACUGCGAGACUCCAAGAGCAUCGUUCAUGAAGUUUUAGAAGAUUUUUUUAACGUCAGUGAAACCGAAACUGGACGUUUGUGACCCGAUGAUGCUGGCGAGCAGUUUGCUAAAUGUAGUGUGAAGGAUCACAUGCUUCUUCUCAGCAUGCGCAUGCACGCUUCAUCACAUCUGUCUGGGGGCACGCGGCGUCGAUGUGGGUUAGAUGGUUCGUUCUCACACGAGACUGAUCAGAUCUUCGCGUUUUUGCCUUUAAUUCAAGUAGAGUUCGGACAUGAUCGGAAAGGUCCUCAAGCUGGGAUGAGCCGCUCAAAGUUCAGCAGCGCCGGGCGUGUCUGAGCUCUAUCAGGUUGCAAGAGCAGGCUUUCAUUGUUUGUUUGUUUUUUUAAAAGAGUAAUUUCCGACCUGAAACUUCUCUACUCUGAAACUUCCGUAUUUCGGCAAACACUGUGUAGUCUGGCGCUGAACACGUUGCCAUCAAAUGCGACGAAGAACUCCUCGUUUCUUUUAAUCCUUGGCUCUCAAAAGCGAUCAGAAGAUGUCAAGCACCAAUGGCUCAACGCUGUGUCGUGUGGGUGUAGUAGUGACUUUGGCAGGUGUCAUCUCUAUGGCCAUAAUGUUUUCCCGGUUCUCACCUUCACGCAACUGUCCACCGCCACCUCCUAAACCCAAAGUAAACUCGGUACAAAACUGUGCCAAAAGCAGCAACUCUGUUAAUGAUAUAGCGGAAAAACCUAUAGUUCUGUUAUGGGUUUGGCCUGAGAAUUACAGGUUUGAUUUCAGCGACUGCAAAAAGUUUUACAAUAUUGAUAAUUGCCAUCUGACGGAUGAUAGAGGUCUCUACGACGAAGCAGAUAACGUAAUCGUUUAUCACAGAGACAUUCAAUGGGAUCUGUCCAACCUUCCUCCAUCUCCUCGUCCUCCGUUCCAGAGGUGGCUUUGGUUGCAUUUGGAAUCACCAACCAACACCAAAAGGAUACCGGGUCUGGAAAACCUGUUCAAUCUCACUCUCAGCUACAGACAGGAUGCUGAUAUUCCCGUACGGAUGAGGUUGAUCACCAGUAAGAAACCUAACAAGGAUUUUGUGAUUCCCAAAAAGGACAAACUGGUGUGCUGGAUCGUAAGCAACAACGAUCCUUCAACUGGUGUUGACAGGAGGAACGAUUUUUUCAGAGAAUUCAGGAAAUAUAUCCGAGUGACUUUGUUCGGAAAGGCUUAUGCAAGAUUCCUGGAUUAUAAAGAUUACUAUCCAACCCUGGCUAGCUGCAAAUUUUACCUUGCCUUUGAGAACUCCAUCCACAAGGACUAUAUUACUGAGAAGAUAAACGGACCGCUUGCAGCAGGGACCGUCCCUGUGGUGUUGGGCCCUCCGAGAAGAAACUAUGAAAACUUUGUUCCUGCUGAGUCCUUCAUUCAUGUCGAUGACUUCCCGGAUGCAAAGUCACUAGCUGAAUAUCUGCAUCAGCUGGACAGGGAUGACAAUGCAUAUCAGCAGUACUUUAACUGGAGGAAACAUCUCACUCCAAGUCCUCAUUUAAUAUUACAGACACAAGAGUUUAUUCUGGCUAUCUGCACUGCCUGUGAUCAUGUAGCACGACACAGAGAAUAUAAAGAAGUUCAUGAUCUCUAUGAUUGGUACUUCAGAUAAAGUCAUCUCAGGUUUCACAUUUAAGUGAAUUAAUAAUAACUUUUAUGGAUAUUAUCACUUGUGUUUGUAUCUUUUCAUCUUCAAGUCCUUUUUAAAUCACUUUUUGAUCAUAAACGGAAAGAACAAAUGCUGUAACUUUAUGGGAGCUGUAUUUUCCCUCUGAUAUUGGUGUUGGUUGGCUGUUUCUUAAAUGUAAAUGACAGAAUGUUUAUCAAAAUCACUUUUGCAAAGUCAUGUACGACAAUAAUCUACUUGUUUGUACGUGUAUCUUAUCAGCGACACUAUUUAUGAUGUUGUCGUGUAAAUUCGAAUUACAUGACUCUAAGGCAGCGUCUUUGAAACUGAAACCUCAACUAUGCACUCCUAAAUUUAUUAUAGCCUUAAUAUACAAUUCAUUUUUUCUUUUAUUGAAUUAUAUUUACGACAUAGGUGAAAUGUUUAAACGCUUUUGCCUCCAGCUCGAAAGAGGGCGCCAGAACUUCGAGUCAAACAGGAAGUCCGACGUCAUGACGUACGCAGCGUCGGUGACGUCACGUGCGUGAAGCGUGUUUUUCGUACUACAGAAGAGAUGUUCUGGAUUAAGAUCGGUCCAUUUCAGUUUUAUUUUAAUCCAGGAGUGCAGUAUUAUUUUUAAUUCGUCUGUAAACUCGUCGUCCGUUAGUUUCAUACGGUUUAGAGUUUCGUUUUCUUCAGAUGAAUUAAACCCCGUCGGAAAUCCGUGGCUUAAAGGUUUGUAUCUUUUGUUAAAUGUUGUUGAAUUGUUAGAUUUGGUUAAAUUUCAUGCAGUAUUUUAAUGCAGAAGCCCCGCGAGCUUUCAUAUUCAAUCAUAGUGUCUGAGUUUAUUUAAGGUAUUAGUUUAUUCAGCCAUAAACGAGCAACAAAAUAUUAAAGUGAACUCGGUGUCUUUUUUAAACUGUAGCCAGGUUCAUACACAUGCAUUUUUCAGUCCAACAACUUUCGUUCCUGUUUUCGAGAUGUAUCAUUUCAAUAAACAAUUACCAACCUUA